AUGGUUCAACAUCAGGAUCGGCUUCAAGCUCAACAACCGUCUCAGAUAACAAUAGCAAGCCCUCCUUCUUCAGUAAUCCUAGUUUUACUCUCGCUCCUAAUUGAAGUGAGCAGAACUUAUCUAAACAAACCAGUGAAUAUGAGAUUAAAAUCGUUUAUAGUACGAUUAAAAAUUGAUUUUAAUUUUAUAUUUAGCGUUUGUCUUAAUAUGGGACCAAAUGCUUUUUUUAACAUGUUGUUAAGUAAUUUAUGUCUUAUUGCACUAGCUUCAUAUGUUUUCUUUUCAGUUACUUUACCAAUGGAAUGUUAUAGCUAUACAACUCUUACUGAAUCAUAUCGUAAUUAUCUGACUUUUUCUGGCUGUUGUUCGACUCCGUAUGAUUCAGUCUCAUAUAUUCCGUCCGGUUGGUAUCGUAUUUCAGGAGCCGCAGGCACACAACUGUUGACAACUCCUGUCUCUAGCAUAGAUAUUUGUGGUGCUCCAUAUGGUGGUUAUUUCAAUGGAACAUUACCGACCACAGCUGGUGCGUCAGUAACAGGAACCUUUUGCUUUUAUACAGGAAGUCCAUGUAGUUUUUCCGUAGCACCCAUAACAGCCAUCAAUUGCAAUGGUUAUUAUGUUUUUUACUUAAUAUCACUUAGUGUUGGUUCAAAAUACAGAUACUGCUCAACAAGUUAA